AUGCCACCCUUGAUGGAUUAUAUGGAUUCUGGCCAGAGACCAACCCAAAAGAAGUCUAUUGUCUUGGUGGUGUCACCGCUCAACGCCUUGAUAAGGGAUCAGGUAACGAAGUUAAAGCAGAGUGGUCUGAAAGCGUGUAUUAUGAAAGGUGGUCACAUGGAAGGAGAAGAAGAAGAAAAAAAAGAACAAGAAGGAUUGGCAUUCAGUGCAAUAGAAAACCUGAAGGAGUUUCAGUUAAUUUUUGCUCACCCGGAAGCCCUUGUAGGCAACAAAAAUGUCAUUAAGCUCCUGAAGACUGCAGAGUUUAAACAUCGUAUGAAAGCCAUCGUUGUGGAUGAAGCACAUCUCGUUGUUGACUGGUGAGUGCUACAUGUAUAUGUUGUGGUUUAUUUUUUUAUCUCAGGUAAUUUUUCUUUUUCUUUUGUUGUUGGGUAUGUCAUUGUAUGCCAAUGUUUUGAGAUAAAAAAUUAACUACAACAUAUAUUUAAAUAUAAAAGCUUAUGAUGUUACAGGUCAAAUUUAAUUUCAGGUUAAAUUUUUUAGCCUACGUUGAUUCUCAGUUUUCUUUGUCCCCUGGCCCUAAUUCAACAAAACUAAAAAAAUUGAGAAUCAACCUACGUUAAAAAAAAUUAACCUGAAAUCAAAUUUGACCUGCAACAUAAAUCCACUCCAGAUAGCAUAGUUUAAAGCAGUAGUAAUUAUAAAUGCAGAAUUUGUGCAAUAAAGAAAAAAACCUGUUUGGAUUAUUCUAAAAUGUUUCAUUGUGUGGUUCUAGGAAAUAACACUACCAAUCUGAACCCCAUGGAGGGAAUAAUUUUCCAAUGGUUAAGCAGAAGGUCUAUACCUAUUACUGUGUUUCAACCCAAAUGAAACCUACAGGCAGAGGGGGAUAAAGAGAUUUUCUUGAAAAACACAUUACCAGUAUAUUCAAAGGUAUCCAGUCUGAAAGAUAUCCAAAAAAGUUAUGGCUUAUUAAGAGACUGGUGCGGGUACUUUUUUUUAGGAAGGAUUUUAGUCUAUCCUAUGAAAAGCAGGCAACAAUAGGAAGCAUUCUUCCACAAGUACCAUUGCUUGGUCUCACAGCCACUGCUACCAAAAAGACCAGAACUGACAUCAUUGAGUCCCUGGGCAUGGUUAACCCAGUUGAAAUCCUUGGAAACCCUGACCGACCAAAUAUUUAUUUCUCUUCAUCCUCUAGACCAGACAGAGGACAGGAUAAACUAAAUGAAAUAUUGGUCCCCUUGGUGGAAAGCUUAAAGAAGGAGAGAACAAAGUUUCCUUUUACUGUUGUUUUUGGCACAUUAGAGACCAUUUAA